AUGACCAAGGAACUUUCUGAUUACCUGAAGAUACGAGCAUUUCACCUCGCUGCAGGACUAUUGCAGGCUCCUCAGUCAACAGGAGGUGGUACGAGCCAUGCCAGUGGUGACAGAGGAAGCUCAACCCCAGGGAAAUGCGUUGAGGAGGGGCGGGGGAGCUUCCUCCACCAGCCUUGCUGCUGUCACAGCCAUCGGCAAAUGGUCAUCACAGGACACCUUGCUGGCCAUGUGCCCGGAGCACUGCUAGGAGGGCUGAUCGUGCCUGCAUGUCACACUGCAGCUGGUCUGGAGGAAUUCACUCUGUCCAAGGACAGCGAGCGAGCAGGAACUGUGCCUCUUAAUACCCCUAAAAUGAACCUCAGCAGCUGCAAUAUCACAGCUUAUGAAAGCUUUCCACUUGUCCAGCUGUGUGUUUACAUCCCGGUUUUGCUUUUGGGCAUUUUGCUGAACAUGUUGGCGCUGUGGGUAUUCUGCUGCAGACUUGACAAAUGGACAGAAACCAGAGUAUACAUGGUCAACUUGGCUGUGGCUGACUGCUUGCUGCUCUUUACUUUGCCUUUUAAAACUUUAUCCCAGUUUCAUCAGCUGAAGGUAGGUAGAUGGUGCCUGGUUCUGGAAGGUGGCUAUUUCAUAAACCGCUUAAUGAGCAUCGGUAUCGUCACUGUCGUAGCAGCUGAUAGGUACCUUGCAAUCAAGUACCCUUUGAAAGCCAAGGUGCUGAGGUCGCCACUGAAGGCAGCUUUUGCCUCUGGAUUUCUUUGGAUAGUCAUCAUCUGUGUGAUGUCCCUUAUUAAAAAGUUAGAGGACCGAGAACAAGAUGAACUUUGCUUUGAAAAAUCUUCAGUUAAGCCCUCAGUGGUCACACUGUGUGCUAUUAUUGUAGGGUUUUUCAUACCAUUGAUCAUCUUGAGUUAUUGCUCCAUACAAGUCAUUGCAGAACUCGGGAGAAAGAAGAAGGAAAACUGUCGCGAGGGAAAGUUAAUCAGGAAGGCCAUCUACAUAGUGUCUGCAAACAUGGCUGUGUUCAUCGUCUGCUUUUUACCUCUUUACCUCGGGCAUCUCCUUCGCUUUUUAAUGGACUCCAUCAGCUCCAACUGCUCUGCAAUACAGAGGGUUAAUAAUUUUGUUCACCUCGCCUCAGUCCUCGCAAACACGAACUGUUGCCUGGAUGCUAUUUGUUACUACUUUGUCAACAAGGAAUUUCAGGAAGCAUCUCCCAAGCUAGUGAAGUCCAAAUCGGAAGCCAGUGAAGAAGCUGCAAUUCAGCUCCCAUGCGUAACACAUUAG